GUACAUGCGUCUCAUAUAUAGUGUGGAAGCAGCGAAAUAUAUGGGGAAAGUCCGGUUGAUGCACCUUGCAAUAGACCGACUCCGCCAGCGCAAAGGGGGAAUUUCACGUCGAAACCCCGAGUAUGGUGAUAAAAUUACUCAAAUAACGGAUUCCCGAUGAUAUAACAUCUGAUAAUUCAUUUAUUGGUCAUCACAAGGUCCUCAAGUUUUCAGAGUGCCACAUGUUGAAAAGGAACAGACGGGGGACUAAGUAAUUUGGCUUGAAAGGAAAGUUAGUGAACCAUGAGUAGUAAUCAUCCAAUCAGUGAUAGCGGUUCAGACUGGGAUGACUUCCUACCAGCGGGGCUCCAGAGCGACGUCUCUUCAGCCUCCUCCGAAUCUGAACCCGAACCAGCCCCCAAAUCAAACAGAACUUCAUCUCUUGAUGACAAUGAAGACAGUCGCAGCAGGCACAGUUCAAAGACACAUUCGUUGCAAGGGGAUGAGUAUGCCUUCGAUGAUACCAAAGCUGAAUCCACGGAGGACCCUACCCUGACUCGCUCCUUUCUGAGUGUCCCAGAAGGUUUAGAACCCGGUAAGGGGGGCGGAGAUGGAGCGGGCGUCAGCAAAUCUACCAAAACAGCCACCAAGAGGAAGAGGAGGAAGAGUGGGGCUGGAGGAAGUCCUAGGAGGAGGAGGAAAAAGAAAGUGAAGGAUGCCAAUGAAGAAGGAGAUGAUGAGGGAGAUGAAGAGGAAGAGGAGGAGGGAGAUGGAUCAGGGAAGAAAAAGAGCAAAGGCAAGUCCAAGAGCAAAAACAAACCACCAAACAGGAGGAGAAAUAUCAAAUCUUUCUUAAGAGAGGAUCAGUUGGAUGCUGAAACCUUGGAGGCACAACUCGAAGAAGAGAAGAGAAAGCAGAGAUUGGAGGAAGAAAGAAAAAAAAGAUUAGAUGAACAGAAGAUACAAAAGAUGGAAUCAUCCAGUGCAAUUGUAGAGAAAUUACAAGAAGCCGUAGCGACAUUAGCAGCAGCCAUCCCUGUUCUGACUGCAUCAGUAAGCUCCGCCCCCGAGCCUGCCAUCCCUAUCCCUAUGACGAUACCAGUACCUGUACUCAUACCAUCACUUGCAGAGUGCAUUGUGGUUGAUAGCGGCAGUGACAGCGACAAAGAUGCCCUGAUGAAAGCCCACAAACAAGAGCGAGAAAUAAUCACAAUCAGCUCCGAUGAGGAGGUCUGCCUGGUCAGUGAUAACAGUGAGGAUGAAGCUGAGAUGAACAUGGUCAGUAUCGGCUUGCAUACCAAUGAUGAAGCCAACGUACCGGACAUCCAUGGUCGCGUACUGGUCAACGUCAACCAUCCUCCAGAUGACCCUGAUAUAUACCUCCCUGACCACAUUGCUCGAGCGGUCAAGCCACAUCAGAUUGGAGGAAUUCGGUUCUUGUACGACAAUCUGGUAGAGUCGCUUCAACGGUACAAAGCUAGCAGUGGUUUUGGAUGCAUUCUGGCACACAGUAUGGGACUGGGCAAGACACUACAGUGCAUCGCAUUCAUUUAUAACUUCAUGAAGUACUCUAUGGCGCACACGGUCCUGUGCAUCGUACCUAUCAACACGUUACAGAACUGGCUUGCAGAGUUUGACAUGUGGUGUCCAGAGAGGCCUAGGCAUUUCAACAUCUUUGUUCUCAACGAUAUGCACAAGACACAAACAUCAAGGGCAAAGGUCAUUGCUGAAUGGAGACAGUCUGGAGGGGUUCUUCUGAUGGGGUAUGAGAUGUAUCGUCUGCUGGCUAGGUCCAAGCAAGCCAGCCUAGGACGACCUAAAAAGAGAACAAGCAAGUCUGGCAAGUCUUCACCACAAAUCAUUGACAUCGAUGAGAUGGAGGCUGCAGCUGAAAUGGCAAUAGAUAUGAAGGCAGCAUUGUGCAAUCCAGGACCUGACAUGGUCGUUUGUGAUGAAGGUCAUCGUAUCAAGAACAGUCAUGCUGGCAUCUCUCAAGCACUCAAAGGCAUAAGAACAAGGCGGAGAGUUGUGUUGACUGGGUAUCCACUGCAGAAUAAUCUUCAGGAAUACUGGUGUAUGGUGGACUUUGUUAGGCCCAACUUCUUGGGUACUCGUCAUGAGUUUGCCAAUCUCUUUGAGAGGCCUAUCUCCAAUGGACAAUGUAUGGACAGCACACCUUAUGAUGUGCGAUUGAUGCGGUACCGGGCCCACGUCCUGCACAGUCUGUUGAGUGGCUUUGUCCAACGGCGAGGCUUCAAUGUCCUCCUAUCUACCCUACCACCCAAGGAAGAACACGUCAUCAUGGUCCGUCUGACGUCCUUCCAGAGAGGUCUCUACAUCCGCUUCAUGCAGUGCUUCACAGAGGCCGGCGCGGGAGGCUGGUGCUCGUCAAAUCCUCUCAAGGCAUUCUCUGUCGGCUGCAAGAUCUGGAACCAUCCUGACAUUCUUAGUGAUCAGUUGAGUAUUAGAGACAGUGUGAAGGACAAUGUGAGAGAUAGUGCAGCGGAUGAACUUGAUGCUGAUCUUGACUUACCUGAAGUACAGGCAAAGUGUACGGGCAGACAGCAGAAAUUACUCAAGAAACCAGCUGCCGAGGAGAGGAGUUCUAGAAGAGGUGAAGGGUCGUCAUCUGGGGGUUACAUUGACAAGGUUCAACAAAUCAUCUCAUUCGAAUGGGCAAGAGACAUCAUGAAGAACUACACGCGGAAUAAGCUCUGCAACGGAGGAAAGAUCAUCGUUCUCUUCCACAUCCUUGAGGAGUCUAUCCGUCUGGGAGACAAGAUCCUGGUCUUCAGUCAGAGUCUUAGCUGCCUGUCUGUCAUUGAGAAGUUCCUUGCCAAGUCCACCAUUCCUCAACCUCCAAACCCUCCUCCACUCAUGCCCAGGGAGUGGGUCCGUAACCAGACGUACUUCAGACUGGAUGGAAGCACAGCUGUCUCUGAGAGAGAGAAGAUGAUUAAUCGAUUCAACUCACCAGAUAACAAAACAAUCAUGCUCUUUCUUCUCUCAACAAAAGCUGGAUGCCUGGGUAUCAAUCUGAUCGGAGCAAACCGAGUGGUCGUCAUGGACGCGUCAUGGAACCCGUGUCACGAUGCUCAGGCGGUAUGUCGGGUCUAUCGGUAUGGACAGACCAAGAAAUGCCAUGUCUACCGUCUGGUAUCAGAUCAAACUCUGGAGAAGAAGAUCUAUGACAGGCAGAUCUCUAAGAAAGGAAUGUCUGAUCGAGUUGUUGAUGAGAUGAAUCCCGAGAUGAACCUGACCAAGAAAGAAGUAGAAUCUCUCCUGGAGUUUGACGAGACCGACAUGCCAUUUGAAGACUUCAGUCAUCUUGCUCCAGACAUCGACGAUCAGGUCUUGAAGAGUUUGCUUCUCAAACACAGUAAUUGCAUGACCAAGGCACCAUUCACCACAGAGUCACUCCUAUGGGAUCGGAAGGACAUGAAGCUGACCAGAGCCGAGAAGAUGCAGGCCAAGAAGAGUUACGAGGAAGAGAAGAAAUUGAAUCUCUCCUACUCCAGACCAUCCUACGCAGCGUUCUAUCCCAAGGGGUCUGGUCCAGGGGGCAUGUCCGUACCUCCUGCAGCUAAAGGAGUACCCAAUAUGAAUUUCAACACAGGACCUGCCUAUCCCUACUUGCCCACAUCAUUGAAGCAGCCAUUGCAGCGACCCGUAGCCAACGUGAGACCAAUCCAAUCCACCCCUGUACCCAGGCAGCCACCUACACCUCACGAGGUCACUCAGAAGAGAAUCAGAGAUCUCAAGAAUGCUGGUGUCACUCUGCAGCGCAUUGUUGCAACCACAAAUAUCAUGCUACCAGGGGCCAAUACAUCUACAGAAUCCACCUCCAUGAUCAGAGCCGGUGAUGCAGUCACCUUCAUCAAGACCAAGAAAGGCAUCUACCUGCGUACCCAUGAAGGUAAGAUCCUCGCUGUCAGAGGUCCCAACGCAGGACCAGGAUCCCUUGGGGCCGUGGCACAGGGAGCCUUCCCCGAUGCAACACCAUCAGACAUGGGUAUGGUUCAAGGAGGAGGAGGAGGGGGAGACGCAGGAGCGGGAGCAUUGGUGGAUGGAGAAGGUAGCGGUAACUAUGGUACGCUACCAAACCUUGCCAAUACGCAGCUAGGACAGCUAUUAUCACAGAGUGUCCCACCCAGGCAGCAGAGCAACAGCUUCAGCAACCCACCUCUCUCUUUACCAUCUGAAAUCAAACCCAACUUAACGAUGGCAGGUAUGCCCACUACCUCGGGGAUGUUUCCUCCAUUUGCAAUGUCACAGUCAAGUGAUCGUGUCCCUUCAGAUCUGGGUCUGCCGUCAUCAUCCUCCAUGUCUAACAUGGGCUUUGGUCCCUCUAGGUCAUUGGGCUCGUUUCCUCCUUACCCGGUUCCUUACUCCUCCUCCUCCUCCUCCUACACCCCCUCUUACACCCUUGGAAAUACAUCCACUCUAACCAUGGCAACGGAUACUGUCAUGCACUCUUCAGUUGCUGGGACAUCAUCUACAGGGGCAUUGUCUGCCGGGAUGUCGUCCUCAACAAUCUCAUCGUUAGGAGCCUCUCCGUCACUCUCAUCUCUAGGAGCCUCUCCGUCAUUCCCUUCCCUUGGCAUGAACCCUACAAGCCUCCCCGAGACCCAGUCCUCCUUCCCUGACCUCUACCAAGACUCCUCUCCCAGCCCAAGCCUCAGCUAUCCAUCCUUCGGCGAUGAAUACUCCAAUACGAGUCAGGGUCCUCUCGACACCAACCCAACAUCAUUGUCCUCUAACCUGGAGACCACCUCCAUGUCUGGGAAUCAAGGGCCACAUGGUUUAGGGUCCAUGUCAAGAGUAGAUGAACCCAUCUCAACACCCUCCCCAGUGGACAAGAGCAGUCUCCUAGCCCUUGCUCCAAGCCCUUCAAACCCAGUUCCAUUCCAACAAGCUGCUAGUAAUUCAAUUCCAGCAGAAGGAAACCAGGUGAACCCUCUUUCAGACUUGAUGUCCCCCUCCCCUGCCAUGAGCGGCGGCACACAGAGUGUGAACCUACCCUCGUCUUUACCGUUUCCUCAAAUGGAGAUGAAUUACCCCUACCCGUCCUUGAGUAGGACCAGCAGUGGACCAUCCAACGGUUCCAUGGACUCUACUUCAUCCCUGAUGGACGACGGGUCAGACAUCUCCAAUCUCUCAAAGUUUGUCGACUCCUCCUUCCCCAAUCUCAUGCCAUUUUCAGGCUCUCUCAAUCCUGACUCGGAUGCUAGUAGCAGAUCAAAUAUGUCCUAAAGAAAGAGAGUUGGCCUUGGGAAUUAGCUAUGGAGUAUAUUGAGAAGUGUGCAAUUUACAAUUGGAAGAUUAUUAGGUUAUGCAGACCGUUUAUAAACGUGGUAGCAGAUUUGCAAACAUUUGUAAUUAGUAAUUAUAGCAGUGAAUGAAAUGCUUCUGAAUGAGCUUUAUGAUGUGAAAAUAUACAAAAUUACACAUAUGUUCAUGUUUUGUGUCUAAUAUUUGUAUGAUGUAUAUUAUUUUGCUUUUAUAAAGCUAACCAGUAAAUUCGUGUCAAGAAGGCCUUUACAGGAGGACCUUCAUCUGUUUCAUUUUGACCAAAAGACAACCAUAAAAAUUUCAGACAUGUGAUAAACAAUUCAGAACGGCACAAUUCAGAACGGCACAAUCACCU